UACGUCCGCACACUCUGAACUGCCUCUUGGUUACACCUCCACCACCGUAUCUGUCGCUGAUCGAGUAGCACCGAGUCAAGUGAAACUGACAAUUUCACCGGUUACUCUGUCCUGCGUGCUUAUAUAUAUUUACCUCCAUCUGUCCAUUCACUAACGCAUCUCGUCGGUACGAGUAACUGAGAGGGAGUGACAAUGAGGAAUUUCGUGGAGAAAUCAGUGCUCUCUUUGUUAUGGAUCUCACUGCUCCAAGGUCAGUUGAUGGUUAUUAAAUACUCCAGCGGUUAAUAGUGUAUAGUAGUCUUUUCGGUUUGCUUUGCCCACGAUCGUAAAUGGAAUUUUACAUACCCUGUAAUUAAGGUGAAGGAUGUGCAUAUGGGCAUGAAACACACUGACGUAUGUCUCUGUUUGAUGUAGGGUGCAUUGUCCAGUCUGUGGAAUAUGAUCAUACGGCUAGUAUCGAGUGCCUCGGUGACCCGAUGAAGCCCCUCUACAAAGGCGGCAUCAUCCAGAACGGCGAGUUCAACAACGGCCUGAUGGGGUGGUCGACGCGCCGGGACAUCAAGGCCGGCAUCAGAAAGUCGGCCUCCGGCAACAAGUUCGCCGUGGUGCAGGGCGCGAGGAGCUCCCCGUUGGGCACCGGCGGCGCGGCGGCCUCGCCGUCCCACAGCGUCUACCAGAAAAUCCAGAUGAAGGGCGACACUCACUACUCGCUAUCAGCAUGGCUGCGGGUGUCGGCCGGCACGGCCCACGUGCGCGCGGUGGUCAAGGCCCCCAACGGCGAGAACAUCACCGCCGGCGCCAUCGACGCCCAGUCCGGCUGCUGGACCAUGCUCAAGGGCGGCAUGACUGCGCGCGCCUAUCACUACGGACAAGGAGAGGUCUUCUUCGAGAGCGACGCUCCGGUGGACAUCUGGGUGGACAGCGUCUCCCUGCAGCCCUUCUCUUUUGAGGAAUGGGACGCCCACGCCCGCCAGUCCGCCAACAAGGCCCGCCGGAGCACGGUCAAGAUCGUCGCCAGGGGCCCCGACGGCCAACCGAUGGCGAACGCCAACGUGAGCAUCCAGCUCCUCCGCGCCGGGUUCCCGUUCGGCAACGCGAUGACCAAGGAGAUCCUGGGCAACCCGGCGUACGAGAAGUGGUUCUUCUCGCGCUUCACGGUGGCCACCAUGGAGAACGAGAUGAAGUGGUACGGCACGGAGUGGGCCCAGAACCAGGAGGACUACCGCACCCCGGACGCCAUGAUGGCGCUGGCUCAGAGGUACGGCGUCAAGGUGCGCGGGCACAACGUGUUCUGGGACGACCAGAGCUCGCAGCUCAAGUGGGUGAUGCCGAUGAACCUGAACCAGCUCAAGGCGGCGAUGCAGAAGCGGCUCAAGAACGUGGUGUCGCGCUACGCCGGGAGGCUCAUCCACUGGGACGUGGUGAACGAGAACCUGCACUUCAACUUCUUCGAGACCAAGCUCGGCCCCAACGCGUCGCCCUUGAUCUACCAGCAGGUCGGCCAGAUCGACCACACCGCCAUCCUCUUCAUGAACGAGUUCAACACGCUGGAGCAGCCCAUGGACCCCAACGGCACGCCCACCAAGUACGUCGCCAAGAUGAAGCUCAUUCAGGGCUACCCUGGCAACGGCGGCUUCAAGUUCGGUGUCGGGCUCGAGAGCCACUUCACCACGCCCAACCUCCCCUACAUGAGGGGCGCCCUCGACACGCUCGCGCAGCUCAAGCUGCCCAUCUGGAUGACCGAGGUCGACGUCGUCAAGGGCCCCAACCAGGUCAAGUUCCUCGAGCAGGUGCUCAGGGAAGGCUACGCCCACCCCGGCGUGCAGGGCAUCGUCAUGUGGGCCGCGUGGCACCCCUACGGAUGCUACGUCAUGUGCCUCACCGACAACAGCUUCAAGAACCUACCCGUCGGCGACCUCGUCGACAAGCUCAUCGCCGAAUGGAAGACGCACAAGACGUCCCCCGCCACCGACGCGAAUGGAAUGGUCGAGCUCGACCUCGCCCACGGCGAUUACAAGUUAACGGUGGACCACCCUUCGCAGACCACGGCCGUCUCCCACACCAUGACGGUGGAUGCGGGGUCAGCAGCCUCCGAGCACAUCAUUAGUGUGAAGACGUAGGAAUAUACUAUGAGACUUAUUAAGCCACGUAGAAUGGUUGAUAAAAUAAGGCGAUCAAAAGAAUUCUUUUAUGUAGUUCUACGCCAUCUAAAGAAUGCAAUAAAACUUGUUAUAUUUUCUUUUUCCAUACGAUCCAAUUGGAUCGUGUUCCACUAUCAUCACUCAUCAGAUAACGGAACAAAACCGAAAACAGUGUCUUGGCGCGAAAGGGAAACAAAUAGUAGUAAAAGAGAAGGAAAGGGAACGUCCCCAUGUUACUACCCAACAGAGGAAUGGAAUAGAAAGGGAACCUCCCCAUGUUGCGAGGUCUUAAAAAAAAUUAUGGGGUGAUAGAAUAGAAGUAAAUAAUUAAAAAAUGUGUGAAUACAAGGAAGAAUCCCGUACAACAAAGAUAAAUGUCAAUCUUUCUUGCUAAGAACGAUGGCUUUUUUUUGGAAAUGGAGGCGUACCCCCGGCCUCUGAAUCAUAAUGAUGUAUGCAACCAUCUUAUUAAAAAGUCUCGAAGUAGUACAUAGUCAUAAAAGUAUUACAGCUCGCAAAUGGAGCGAAACAAAAGAAA